AUGUCCACUUACGAAAACUACAAUGUUGUCUUCCACUCCGAAACCAUUCACACAAUGGUCACACAUGAUCCUUCCAUGGUUGAUUGCUGGCUUUCAACCCUCUCCCAAACUAGCCGCAGCCGCCGCUUCCUUGUCGGCCUUGAUGUGGAGUGGCUCCCAAACAGACAACGCAAUGUCGAAAACCCCGUCGCUGUUCUCCAACUCUGCAUAAAGAAAAAAUGCCUUGUUUUUCAAAUUUUGCAUGCUUCAUUUGUUCCACAAUCUCUUGUUGCAUUUCUUGAGAACGAAGAUAACACAUUUGUUGGUGUUGGUGUCGAAGAGGAUGUGGGUAAGCUUCUUAGAGACUACUCUUUGGUUGUUGCUAACUUUGUUGAACUUCGCAACCUUGCUGCUGAGAGAUUUGGGGAACAUAUGAGAUGUGGUGGACUCAAAGCAUUGGCUUUAAGUGUUCUUGGGAAGGAUCUUGAGAAACCAAGGAAGAUUACUAUGAGCAGGUGGAAUAGUUUUAGGCUUACUCCUCAGCAAGUUCAGUAUGCAUGUAUUGAUGCUUUUGUUUCAUUUGAGAUUGGAAGGAUUCUUAAUGCUCAUUAUGUCCUUACCUUGAAUGGUGGUGCAGUAAAUUUGAAAAGUUCCAAACAAGCUAUAGUAGCAGAUUUGACUACAGAAGCCGACUAUAUAGCAGCAAGUGAGGCUGCUAAAGAGGCUGUUUGGAUGAAAAAGUUAUAUUUAUACUUGGGGUGGUCUAUUCGUUAA